AUGUCGAAUCCUGAAGAACUCGAUACACGUAUCCAACAGCUGGUGGAAGAUACACUUCAACGUCACCAAGAGCAAACAUUGGCAGCUGCUACCUCUGUUGCUGAAACAAUUGCUUCACGUUUCUUAGACAGCCAACAGUCAAAGAUUGAUAAAGCGUUGGAAUCUCAAAAGAAAUUGGCCAGCGUCAAUCUAAAAGGCAAAGGAAAUCAACACCAAUUUAACUUUUGCCAAAACGCUAUGGACAAAUUCGACAAGGCAGCGGACAGUUUGGCGGAUAAGGACAUCGAAAAAGCGCAAAAAUUGUUGUCUGAAGGUAAGACCUUAGUUGAGAAACGUAUUAAACUCAUUAAGUUGGCAGACAGAGAAGAUUGGGCAACGGUUAAUGAAUAUUUAAGUGACGACUUAGCGUCUGAUUCAGAAGACGAAAAACUUAUAAAUCGAGCAAUCCGUUCAGCCAAUGCUAAAAGCGAAAAGCGUAGGAAAUUAAAGCAACGCACUUUUCCCCAACGAAUGAACUUUGAUCGUAGUAGACCAGCAUCCCAAUUUCAAACGUUUUUUGGCCCAAGGUAUUCUGGAACAAGAGAAAGUCCUCGCCUAAGCGAAAACAUUGUAUGCUGGGGCUGUGAACAUUCUGUAGUGAGAAAACUUCAACAAAAUUUAAGAUUCUGGCAGGAUGAGCUUGAUACGUCACCUUUCGUUUUAAAUUAUUACUUCUCAACGUUUGAUUUAAAACAUGGCUACCAUCACAUUCCCAUUCAUGAGCAUGAUCGAAAUUAUUUAGGAUUUUCCUGGACUUUUCCAGAUAACACAGUCAAAUAUUAUCAAUUUCUCGUUUUACCAUUCGGUCUGGCUAGCGCUUGUUACGUGUUUACAAAGCUGACAAGACCUUUGUUAACAAAAUGGCGAAAAGACGGUAUAAGAUGUACUAUGUAUUUAGAUGAUGGUAUUUUUGGUUCAAAAUUAUUAGAGACAACAAAAAAGCAUUCUGCGAUUAUUCAAAACGAUUUAGCAAGAGCAGGACUCACCAUUAAUCUAGAAAAAUCAAAGUUUGAGCCUCGUAAAACUGGAAAAUGGCUCGGCUUUAACAUCGAUACCCGCACUAGCAAAUUUUACGUUCCAUCUGAAAAACUAAGUAAACUUUUCUCACUUGUGAAAUUACCAUUAAACAGCGAUCGUGCAAGCGCAAAAUUUAUCUCAAAAAUUGCCGGACGAAUUAUCUCAAUGACUUUAGCUAUUGGCCCUUUAACAAGACUUUUUACAAGGCACAUGUACCGCUUUAUAGAAUCUCGUAUAACUUGGCAAAAAUUAGAAACUGACAGUGGUUAUGGGGGUUAUGUUGUGCAACGGUUGGAAGAUAUUAUCGCCAGGGGAAAUUUUACUGCGGAAGAAAGACGUACAAGUUCUACUUACCGAGAACUUUUAGCUGUUAAACUUAUUCUGCAAGCGGUAGGCCCACGUGUAAAAAAUGAAUCAGUUCAAUGGUUUUCCGAUAAUGUUAAUGUCACUCGAAUUAUAGAAGUAGGCAGCAGGAGACCGCAUUUACAAAAACUCGCUUUAGAAAUUUUUGAUGCUUCAAUGAUUUAUAAUAUCAAAUUACAAUCGUCAUGGAUCCCGAGGGAGGCAAAUAACAAAGCAGAUUUUUUAUCAAAAAUAAUUGAUUCCGACAACUGGGGGAUAGACUACGAAUCAUUUAAUUACAUUCAACAGAAGUUUGGCAUUUUUACAGUCGAUCGUUUCGCCGAUGACAUAAAUAAGAAAAUUAACAACUUUAACUCAAAAUAUUUUUGUCCGAAUUCGCGUGGUGUUAACGCGUUCACUUACAAUUGGUUCGGUGAUUUUAAUUGGUUGUGCCCCCCUAUUUCGUUAGUGAGCGAUGUUCUAAAUCAUCUAAAACUUUGUAACGGUCGAGGCGUUCUAUUAGUCCCUAUGUGGCAAUCAUCAUAUUUCUGGCCAUUGUUAACUCCGAACGGAAUCUAUUUUUACGAAUUUGUAAAAGAUUACUUGUUAUUAGAUCCUUAUUUUUAUAAUUAUACCGCCAAUCACAUCAAUGUUGGUAUUUGGGAAAAACUAGACGCGAUACAAAACACUGCACUGAAGUCAAAAGCAGCAAAUUUACCACAACUUUUACAAGCGGCUUACGCAAAGGAAACGAUUAUUAAAUACAAAAGAGCUUGGCAAAAGUGGGUAGAUUGGAGCUCUAAAUAUACUGAGGUCAACCAUUGUCCUGCCGACCCAUUUUUCGUAUGUAUUUAUUUUAACGACUUGGUUAUGGAAGGAUGUUCAAUAAGUACAAUAAUUUCGGCACCUUGUGGAAUACGCUGGGGACACAUUAAUGCAGGUUUUUCGUCGCCAACAGACCACUCAAUUGUUAAAUUAGCCUUUGCAGGCGCAAAACGAUUAGUCGGUAAAACGUGCAAUAAGAAAGAGCCGUUCACAGUGGACAUAAUUAAAGAGAUAAUUGCAUAUUAUGGAGAAAGUUCAAACUUCAUGCACAUGAGGUUUAUAAUGUUAUGCGUGUUAGGAUUCGCAGGAUUCUUUCGCAUUGGCGAAUUAUUAGCCUUAAAAGUUAAGGACCUGGAAGGUAAACCAGAUUCAUUUGAAAUUAGUGUUAAAAAAUCCAAAACGGAUCAGCUAAGAGAAGGUCAUAUUGUGUACAUAGCUCACACUGGUAAUUCCACAUGUCCAGUAACCUGGUUACGAAAGUAUCUUUGUAUGACUAAUUUGAAAUUUCAGCCGGAUUCUUAUUUAAUUUGUCGUUUGGCGAAAACAAAGACAGGCCACAAUGUGUUAGGGCAUCUUUCUAUAUCCUACGAAAGCGCCAGAAAAACAUUUCACGAAUAUUUGAAUACAAUUCAAAAAGUACCGGAAAAUUUUGGGUUACAUUCUUUACGCUCAGGUGGAGGUAGUGCUGCUGCAAAUAACGGCGUCACUGACAGAAUGAUAAGUAAACACGGCAGGUGGUCAUCAAGUUCCAGUAGGGAUGGAUACAUAAAAGAUAGCAAAUCUCAACGACUCUCUGUAAGCAAAGAUUUAGGAUUGUAA